AAACCGAUGCAGCUGAACCAGUCUCUCUUCAUGCUGGGCGGGCGCAGCGGCUACGUCCUGCAGCCGGACAUGAUGCGCGACGACCUCUUCGACCCCUUUGACAAGGGCAGCCUGAAGCACGUGGAGCCCAUCACCGUCCAGUUGCAGAUCUUGGGGGCCCGGCACCUGCCCAAAAACGGCCGCAGCAUUGUUUGUCCGUUUGUGGAGGUGGAGGUGUGCGGCUCGGAGUUCGACAACAGCAAAAACAAGACGGAUGUCGUAGCCGACAAUGGCCUGAACCCUCUCUGGCUGCUGAAGCAGUUCAUCUUCGACAUCAACAACCCCCAGUUUGCCUUCCUCCGCUUCGUGGUCUACGAGGAAGACAUGUUCAGUGACCCCAACUUCCUGGCCCAGGCCACCUUCCCCGUCGAGAGCCUCAAAACAGGCUACCGUUCGGUGCCACUGAAGAACAGUUACAGCGAGGAUCUGGAGCUGGCUUCCCUCUUGCUCCACGUCGAAAUCAUCAACGCCAAGGAAGAAGACGAGGAGAACUUGUAUUCCUCCAUCCAGCAACUCCGGGACCGGGCGAACGAGCUCUCCAACCAGGUGUCCAACCUGGAGCACAGCAACAACUGCGACUCGCGUUACCAGCAACGGCUGGAUGAGCUGAGGUUGGCGCAGGAGCAACUCAUGGAGCUGACCGAAGCACGCAAUAGGAA